CCGGUGGCCGUGGAUCCGCCACACGGAGCGAAAGGGCUAAGAAAGUGACGAGGGCUUGACGCAGGGGGGGUCGUUUUCAAGAAGGCUCGAGAAUUGGUUUUUAUUGGGUUUCAACAGGGGGUGGCACGACCAAAGAUUCUUCGGGAGACGCGGCCCAAAGAAAAUGCUCUGCCACGUUACUCGUCCGGAUUCGGUGGUGAUGGAAGUGGAAGUUGAUGCGAAGGCGAACGGUGAAGACUGUCUGAAUAAGGUUUGCCGAAAGUUGGGCAUAAUUGAAGCGGACUACUUUGGGCUGCAGUUCACGGGCAGCAAAGGGGAGAACCUGUGGCUGAAUCUGAGGAAUCGCAUCUGCCAGCAGAUGGAUAAUGUGACGCCGUGUCGACUGCGGCUGCGGGUCAAGUUCUUCGUGGAGCCCCAUCUCAUCCUUCAGGAACAGACGAGACACCUUUUCUUCAUGCACGUGAAGGAGGACCUCCACCACGGUCACCUGCGUAUGGGCUCGGAACAAGCGGAGGAGCUGAGCUCGCUGCUGGCACAGGCAGAGCUCGGGGACUACAACCAAAACACAGCCCAGUACUGGUACUCGGAGUUGUGUGGAGAGGAGCCCAGCACUGCUAUUAUCAACAGUAUCACAUCUAGACACAAAGCUUUGGAGGGCAUGAGCCAGGGCUCAGUGGAGUACCAGGCGCUGCAGCUCGUCUCCUCCCUGGAGCAUUACGGCGUGGAGUGGCACUGGGCCCGUGAUCCGCAUGGUCAGCGGUUGGCCAUCGGGGUUGGCCCUGAGGGAAUUGCCAUUUGCAAGGAGGACUUCAGCUUAGUCAACAGAAUUAGUUAUCCCAUCAUUCAGAUUGCCACCCAGUCGGGGAAAAGCGUCUACCUGACCGUUACCAAGGACACGAAUGACAGCGUGGUGCUUCUGUUCAAGCUCAUUAGCAACCGAGCAGCCAGCGGUCUGUACCGGGCCAUCACGGAGACCCACGCCUUCUACAGGUGUGACACAGUGACGAAUGCGGUGAUGAUGCAGUACAGUAGAGACUUCAAGGGCCACCUGGCUUCGCUCUUCCUCAACGAAAACAUCAACCUGGGCAAAAAAUAUGUCUUUGACAUCCGGCGCACUUCCAAGGAAGUUUACGACCACGCCCGCCGUGCCCUCUACAACUCGGGUGUUGUGGACCUGGUGUCCCGCUCCGGCAGCGGGGGGCGCUCGUCCCCUUCGCGCUCCCCGAGCCGGGACAACCAGCAGGACGAGGGGCUGGACUGUGGCAGCUGCCAGCAGAGCAGGGCCCUGCAGGAGAGGCUGCAGAAGCUCCGAGAGGCUCUGCUGUGCAUGCUGUGCUGCGAGGAGGAGAUCGACGCUGCGUUCUGCCCCUGUGGCCACAUGGUGUGCUGCCAGACGUGCGCCAAUCAGCUUCAGUUGUGUCCCGUGUGUCGCUCCGAGGUGGAGCACGUGCAGCACGUCUACCUGCCCACCUGCACCAGCCUGCUCAACAUGACGCUGACCGACAACCACCAGCACCACAGCAGCGUCCCAGCGCCCAUCCACAGAGAACCGGCGUCCCCGCACACCUGCUCCGCCACCGAGUACGAACAGAAGAUCUACCACACAUGAAGACGACUCCGCCGGAACCCACAGAAACCACCGCCGUGAACACUUUUUGAAGCGAAGCCUGCCACAUUCUGGUUUCAUAAAGAAGGAAACGGGUCUCAUCCUUCUGCGUUUCCUGCCUGGAACUAUCAAACAUAGAAACUCUGAGCAUAAUCAAAGAUCUCCACAGGCGUACCACUCCCUCAGCUUGUGCGUGCGUGUGUGUGUGUGUGUGUUUUAUUGUUUGUUUGUUUUCCCCAUGGCACUAGUACGGACUGUCACUUUGUAUAGUUGUUUCUGAAUAUUGUUGCGUUUUGUUUUGUAUCAUUCUGUCCAAAUCUUCUUCUUUUUUUACAUCAUCAUCCUCUGCCACAUGAUUUUAGAUUAGGCUAUUAUUGUUGCAUCAGUUGACCUGAUACAGAAAGAAACAUUAUUUUGUUUGUGAUUUAUGCUUUUCAACUAGUUAUUUUGGUUGGUUGUUGUUUUUUUUGUUUUGUUUCGAUGUGGUCCAUAUCAGGCUCCUAGCCCCAGAACCAGAACCAUAGCUGAACAUAAUGGUUGAGUCUAUUUAUUUUUCAUUUUAAAGCUCCCUUACUUUUUUUUAAAAAUGGUUUGAGAACUGAAUUGUAUGGUCUAACAGAGUGAACUUUCUCCUGUUUUAUUUCUCCUUUUUGUUUUCCAUGUUUCCAAUGACAGUGUAUUUGGAGGCUAAGCAGCACUGCUCUGGAUACAGCACUGUGUACUAAUACGACACCGUGGGCGAUAAGACCACCAUGGUCUCGUUUGGGUUCUUGAAGGUUCUUUUAGCCCACCACAGCUUUAUCUCGCAGACACUCCUUCAACUUCUCACCUCGAAAACGGGUCUUGAUGAUUAACUGCCACUUUUGUCCAACACAACGAGCCUGGUUCCAUGAAAUGCUGCACCUUGGACACGUCUCCACGCCUGCCGGAAAAUAGAAAUGAAUGUCACUAAAAGGCUCUUGGUAUAGAACCACCACAUAUUUAUGAAAAAAAUUUGUCCAGAAGCAGCUGCUUCCUCUGAAAGCCCGAGCGAUGAAUUUCUUCUCUGGGUGUUCUAGUUUGUUAUUUUUUUUUAAAUAUUUUUAAAGGGCACUAGGAGAUCUGCCUGUGCAAUACUUGCUUGCUUUUUUGAAAAGCUUUUCAUUGAGUUUUAUUUAAUUUCAAAGACUGUAUUUAAAAAGGAAAG